AUGGCACGUGUUGGAUCCGUUGAUUUCACAGUUUUCUACCACAGCCCACCACAGCGAGCUCAGUAUUGGCGAGAGGUCAUAAACAGGGAAACAUGGGAGCAUCCGUUCCACCCGCUGAAUGAGCGCAUACCGCUCCCAAACUACAAGGAUCUGGCCUCGGCGAGCAAGGACUCACAACGCCAGCCAUGGCGAAUUCUGAAGAACUCCUUCCAUGUCGGACGAGAUGAUCUUGGAACGUCUUACUUGGACGGAAGACAACAGCCCAGCGGGAUGUCGAAGCACGACUGCGGUCGACCAGUGAACGUGCACAUGAGCAGCUCUCUCCCUGUGGGAAGCGUCCCUUUGAACACUGCGAAUUUGGACAGCAGUUUGCGUUCCCGCAAAACUGCGGGCGCACUUCAGAUGUCAGCGACCAUUGCAUCAAUGAGAGGGGCCAGCGACUUCGGCAGGAGUGACAAGCUGCCAAGAGUUUGCGCGCCUGCAUGCAGCAACAACCGUCCAGGCUGGGGCUCUUCCAGCAUGCCGGCUUUGCGCACUGGUGAUGUUCAGCGGCCUCCUUCCUUUGCACGUAUCCUCAACGUGUAA